AUGACGGAUCGACUUUAUGACCUUGAGCCUACUUUCGCCGAAGAUACUGAUGUAGAAGGGUUUAAUCUUGGUGUUGAUCGUUUCCCUACAACUGGCUGGGCUACAGAGAGAGCAGUGAUUGCCAAAAUUGCCGCAGUGGCGUAUCGAAGAAUGAGACAGAGAACACUGUACUCCACAGAUUCAGCCUACUCAUCUAUUUUCGAUAGAUACUCGCAGCAAUGUGGAGAUUCUCACCUCUCUGAGCUUUCGCAUGAUUCUUUCAUAGUGUUCGGAAAGAGAAUAAAGACAACUGAUACAGGCCCGCUGAAUCCCGGAGAGGAAGUUGUCACAUACUCCCACUAUGAACCGGUAAACAACAUUUUGAGCUCUUUACUCAGCAGGAAGCUGACAGUCAAUAGCUUGAAGCAGCGAGCCUCAGAGUAUGAGAUAGAGACCACAUCGUACUGUCAGUACUGGGGUAUAAAUGAGGAAAGCUACCAGGUUAUCAAUAUGCUCGAGCCAGAUUUGUUGAAAGAUCAGGUAUCUCUUUUUCACUUCUACCAACACAUCAAACGCACCAACCUGGAGUUGAAAAUCAUCAGUCGACAUUAUAUACCGGAACUAAUAAACCAGGAGCACAGUGAACUCAGCAUGGAAGAUAAGGGCAAAAUACUCAGAUCUUUCCAUUCAAUCUCCGACUUAUUCGCUUCACUUCAAUCUGGUAUUGCCCAUCUAAUGGAAAGUAGAAUUGUCGUCAACGCAAAUGUCAUUUCAGCAGUUGUCGGCGAUGCAUUUGCGCGUAUGGACACCGCUUGUGACAGCUUUGCUAUGGGAAUAGUCAUACUCUCUGACGCAUACAAUGUGCCCCUGCAAAAGUACUUCCUGGCUAACGGCAAGAGAAUUUAUGAGCAAAUUGGACUAGAACAUAGCAGCAUGAAAAACACCGAUUUGCUGCCGUAUCCUCUUCUAGCCAAGUACUGCCUGACAUUAAGCGUGUUUGACUUAUUGCCUCCGUUUGAGCUAAUAAAUGUGCCGGUGACCAAAGCCAUUGACCAUUGCAAGAACAUUCAAACAAAACUUGAAAAAUAUAGAGGAAUGAAUAACGAAGCUGUGUAUAUGGCUUAUCCAGAAAAUGGCUCCGAAAACCCAGCCGACGCAAUUCCGAGCUCCACGGCGGAUGGAGAAGAGGAGGACAGAGAAACAAACAGACUAAAUGGGAAGAGUUUUAUCCGGGAGAACGGCUCUGAAGCCUCAAUAUUCACGGCCUACAACGACGACAAACAGACCGGCGUGAACGGUCCUGCAAUCAUCCCAUCCACUCCCACCUCGCCUGCUUCCAUUUCGAUUUCGGCAGUGAAUGCAGUGGGGACCACAACCAGUUUUGCAACAACCAUUGUCGAAGACGCAGAGCAGCGGAAGUCGCUACAAAUAUUUGACCCCAACCAGCCCGGGCGACAAACCGAGCCAGCACUACGGGAAAUAGAGAGGGGGCGUAAUACGCUACGGGACGGGGAUGGGGGAGAGUGGGUGGAGCAGGACCAGCGGGAGGACAUCGCAGUAAUAACGAGCAACAGCUCUGAGGCGGAGGCCUCAUUGGACGAAAUCAUCCUGCUGGAGACAUUGGCACGCUACUACGGCUACCUCUGCUUCCUGCUCGAGAAGUUCUUUGUGUUCGCCACCAUGGCUGGCUUUUCUGGUGUCUAUGUCCUGCUUUUUGCGUUCAGCUUCCUCUACACCACAGUGGUGCCCACGCUUUACACACACAACCCGUUUCGCGAGCCAGGAGCAGACCGGCGCGUCGCCAAGGCUUAG